AUGGUAGACACAGAAGAGAAAGUUGACACAGACAGGAAGAGCGAAGUGGAAAAGGAGACGAAAAAGCUGGAGACAGAAGAGAAGAGAAAUAUAAGAACAGUGAACAGGUAUAAUGAGGACUUCAUCAGCAUAAGACCAGUGUGCAGGUAUAAUGAAGACUUCAUCAGUAUAAGAACAGUGAACAGGUAUAAUGAGGACUUCAUCAGUAUAAGAACAGUGAGCAGGUAUAAUGAAGACUUCAUCAGUAUAAGAACAGUGAGCAGGUAUAAUGAAGACUUCAUCAGUAUAAGAACAGUGAACAGGUAUAAUGAGGACUUCAUCAGCAUAAGAACAGUGAGCAGGUAUUAUGAGGACUUCAUCAACAUAAGAACAGAGAGCAGGCAUAAUGAGGACUUCAUGAGUAUAAGAACAGUGAACAGAUAUAAUGAGGUAGAUGUUCAUCCCACAGAUAGUGUCAUGAGUAGGAAUGAUGAGGAGCAGGAGGAUUGGGAAGCCGCUGUGGAAGACGACCUUCGACUCCAAUAA